CCGUUUCAUAUAUAGAAAUUUUGUGUACGCCGGGCACCUGUAUCGUUGGCUCCGUCUAGGGUUUUAGCCCUCCGCCGCCAACCUCCCGGCCCUGCCCCGACCGCCGCAACCUCCUCCCCCCUAGCGAAUCCCGUGCCCCCGCGACCCGUGCCACCGCCAUACCGGCGGCCGAGAUGGACCGGUACCAGAGGGUGGAGCGGCCGCGGACCGAGUCGGCGACCAUCGAGGAGAACGAGAUCCGCAUCACCUCGCAGGGUCUCAUCCGCAACUAUGUCUCCUACGCCACCUCCCUCCUCCAGGAGCGGAGAAUAAAAGAGAUUGUUUUGAAGGCCAUGGGACAGGCAAUCAGCAAGUCUGUUGCUGUUGCGGAGAUUAUCAAGAAAAGAAAUGCUGGUUUGCAUCAGGAUACCAAUAUCAGUUCUGUCAGCAUCACUGAUGUCUGGGAACCUAUAGAAGAAGGCCUUGUCCCGCUGGAGAUGACUCGGCAUGUUUCGAUGAUUUCAAUUACCUUGUCUCCUGGAGAGUUGGAUAAGAACACCCCUGGGUACCAAGCUCCUGCUUACAUCGAACAGCACAGGCAACCACAGCGCCUACAGCAGGCACCACCACCGCAGCGCCAACCUCGCCGACCACAAGGCCAAUUCCAGCAGCUUGAGUAUGAAGACUCCUAUGCACGGGGUCGAGGUAGAGGAAGGGGCCGUGGACGUGGAAGGGGUUGGGGUAGAGGAGGCUAUGGGGGUUACGGUGGAUAUGGAAACAACCAAGGUGGGUACAAUCAGGGUGGCGGUUAUUAUGAUAAUCAAGGUGGGUAUGGCGGCUAUGAUAAUCAAGGUGGGUAUGGAGGCUAUGAUAAUCAAGGCGGGUAUGAUGGUGGAUAUGGCUACAACCAAGGUAGGUAUGGAAACUACCAAGAAAAUGGUGGGUAUAGCCGAGGACGAGGUGGUGGUAUGCGUGGAAGAAGCAACUGGGGUUACCGUGGAGGCUAUGAUGGAGGCAGAGGAAGCUAUGAGCAAGGCACGGGCGGAGGCUAUGAAAAUGGCAGGAGCGGUGGCUAUGAUGGAGGCAGGGGUGGAAGGGGCUAUGGUGGCCGUGGAAGGGGAAGAAUGGGGGGCCGCGGGCGAGGGAACUGAAUGCAGGCACAAACUCAAUGGGCUUCUGGUGUUUCUUCAAUGCAUGCUUUAUAAUAUCAGGGAAAAAAGAUAAGUUAUCUGAGCAUUUGUGUUGGAAGCCAUCAGUUAUGUGUGAGGUCUCUGUUGUUUUCCCUGACCGCGAGGUUUGGUUGCGAGCCUAAUGCAUUUGCAAGUUUAAUCAUGUUGUCAUCUUUCAAUAUUUCUGCUGCCGAGGUUGCUAGUUUUCCCAAUUGUCUUUAUAUGCUGAGCAUGCUGCCCUAUGUUCAUGCCUGCAGUAUCAACAGAUGGGAACUCUUCCCCUGUGUUAAAUUGUUCAGUCCAUUUUUGCAGUUUUGCUUCAAUUAGUGUAUCCAUGAUGGUUGAUACCGUCAGAGCUUA